CUCAUCCUUCGCUGCCUCCCUUCCCCUUCACAGCCUACUAGUCCCUUGUCCCGUCCUUGCAUUACCCAUCCUCGACCAAGAUGCCUCGCGUCUCCUCAAAUAAAUCGAACAAGAGAGUCCAAUGCAAAGUUUGCUUCAAAGAAUACGCCGACGCGACUGGCCUUAGCCGCCACUCCAAGAUCCACCGCCCAAACGCUGAAAACCUCAAGUUGAGAUGCCCUGUCUGUCCCUAUCGCGCCUGGCAAAAAGGCGGCAUGAAAGAUCAUAUCCGUGCGCAACAUACCGGAGAGAAGCCCUUCACAUGCCCUGCCCCAGACUGCACUUACGCUGCGUCCAGUCCUGCGUGCCUCUAUCGUCACAAAAAAAAGUGCGAGAAGCUGAACGCUCCUCCCGAAUUCAUGCAACAGCCACUUCCCCCCAAACAGCUCCUCCCCGCUGUCGACGCUGGAAUGCCACUCGAAGAGGUCACCACAUCCAUGACAUUCCCUCAAUCGAACGUCGAAUCUUGGUCCUCUGAGGACCUCGUGCCAUCUUCGACAUUAUCGCAAUCUGACGUAGAUGGCAUUUUGAGUUCCUUCACGAUCUCCUCUUCGCAUGCAAACCACUCGCCUUCUCCCGAAAUGGUCACCUCGACGUCAGCUACACACGAUUCGUUGUUCAUGAAUACGAACGGCGGCGGCUUCACGGAUCCGUUCUUCCUCGACACCACCUUCUCUGUUGCAUCACCUACAUGGUCGGAUUUCGGCUCGCCGGUGUCGUCGACAUCCUCCGCUACCGAUGAGCGGCUUUCACCCCCCUUCGGCUUUGAUUUCGAUCAAUCCUUGAUAUCUAGCUUCUCGUGGGACAACUCGAUGUCCACAAGCUCGAGCCCGUUGAACUUUGAUGUCACCGAGACCCAUUUUUCCCCUGACUCUCCCUUCUCAUCGACAUCCCCCAAAAAUGAACGGUUAUCACCUGCCCUGUCGUUCGAUUCGUCGAUGGAGGAUUUCUCCUUCUUUCCGUAUGAGCAACUCUCCACACCACCGUUCUUCCAAGCGGAGCAAUCGUCAUCGCCAUCGCCGUCCGCAUUCGACUUGAUGUUUUAAAGCUCGAAGCAGAGCCUGAACUCUUUCUCCUUUGUCUAACCUCCCUUGUACGACACGGACAUUCUCUGUUUCAUCUCCCUUAUUGUUUUUUUAUUCAUCUAAAUCAUACCCUUCGCAUUAAUCCCAAUUUUUUAUUGUUACUUAAAACAACAUUUCUACAUUGUCCAUAGAAUAUUGAAAAGAUAUAUCUUUCGCUCAACGAAGCGCCACUAGCUGUCCACAAAUAAGAAUAGACCGGUAUACUAGAACGACGGUUCAGGAGUAACUCUGCAGCGACAGAGAGGUAGCCGCGGAGGAUACCCAUCUAGUUCUAACGAUGAUACGCAGAUAACAUCUGAGCGACCUUAGAACGCCGUAAGGCAGAACGAAGCCUUCGAUGUAUCCAAUUGUACAGUACGAGCACGCGUCUCAGUCUU